AUGGCCAACAAUAAAGCAGUGGCAGAGCAGCGAGCACUCAACAUGAAGAAGAAGCUUCAGAGAAACCAGACGUUCAAGAAGGACUAUGUCAGCUUCAUGAACAACAUAAUUAACCAUGGCUACGCUGUAAAGGUGCCAGAUAAAGAAUUAAGCUGGAGUGAUGGAAAGGUGUGGUUUAUCCCACAUCAUGGCAUCUACCACCCUAAGAAGCACAAAAUACGUGUGGUAUUCAACUGUGGAGCUUCUAAUCAAGGCACCACACUCAACCAACAACUAUUGCAAGGGCCUGACAUGACGAGUAGUCUGAUUGGCGUCUUAUCAAGGUUCCGUCAAGAGCAAGUCGCAAUAAUGGCGGAUGUGGAAUCAAUGUUCCAUCAGGUGAAAGUCCCACCAGAAGAUGCCGACCUUCUCAGGUUCCUGUGGUGGCCAGAUGGCGACAUCACACAAGAGCUGCAAGAAUAUAGGAUGGAGGCACAGUACCGCACCACCGAACAGCGGUGUCCCCCCAGGCCGAGGAGUCCCCCCAGGCCGAGGAGUCCAGGAAGGAGCCCAUCCCAGCAAGAUGGUCCAGGACCAUGGACACCCCAUACCCCGGCUCCCGAUCUCCUGUCAGCAACGUCGCGGUACCGGUUACCGCACUCAGCUAGAACAUGGCCAACUUCGCCCUUCACUGGGCGACAGCACAAGUUGGUCGUGCCACCCAAGUCUCCUGACAAGAAGUUUGAUCUGAUUGUCGGAGACUCCCAUCUACGUGCCCUGGUAGAUGGUUUGGUUGACAUGCCAGAGGGAUGCCUUUCCUUUGGCUUCAUGUCAACCCCGGGGGCCUCUGCCUCUCAGCUGUGGACCGAGGUGCAACAUGCUGUGCUUCCUCGGAUCCCUGAGGCAGUUUGUCUGCUGGCCCCCAGCAACAACCUGACUGCCAGCAGGACUGUCAUUGAGGCUGCCAUCGACUUUGCCAAGCUCCUCACUACGGUGAGGAACCGCUGGCCCAAGGUGUUUGUUGUCGAUUUUCCUCCCCGCCUGAACGUCGAGGUGUCCUACCAAGACUUUCUUCGUCAGGAGUUCCACCGCGUUGCCGCUCGUAUGGGUGUGAAGUACUCCUCCGUGGCGGAGACCUUCCCGCUUACCCAACUGGAGCAGUGGAGCAGAAAAGAUGAUGUCCAUUUGAGCGAUCAUGAGGGGAUGGGGAUCCUCACACAGUUGCUGUGGUCUGCCGCCAUGCAGCAACUGGAGACACCACCACCAGCACCCCAGGUCUCUCCCAGGCCCUCGCAGCCACUUAGGAAAUUCUCUCCUAAGUUGGUUGUGGUGGGAGAUGUCCUUGCUCCACGGUCACCCGACCCAUUUCAGUGGCUUUUUUUUUCCCCAUUCCAGGAGAAGGAGUGCUCCUUCCCGCUGAACCCAGUCUGGUUCAGCAGCGCAACCUUGCGUGCUAUGGAAGAAGUCUCCCCUUCGACUCUCUCCUGCCCUGUGGACUGCCAGCCCUCUCCAAAGAGUAGACAGAAAAAGAAGGAUGACUACAGGUCCAGGAAGAAUACCACCAGAGGACCGCAGUGGAUCUCUCCACCAUUGAAAGUAAGGGAGGAGCAUUUUAUCAUUUUAAUUGACUGUUUUUUUUUUAAGUUGAUGAUCAAAUAUUUACUCAGUGCUGUGAAACACUUUCCCAUGAGUUUUAAUGACCAUAGUUUGUUUUAA